AAAAAAAUCCAAACAAACCCACGCCGAGAGACUGGCACCAUGAGGUCCAAAGGCAGGGCACGGAAACUGGCCACAAAUGACGGAGAUGACAAGUAUGCCCUUGAAACUUCGGACAUCUUAGAUGAUGCGUGUGGCUCAGAUGGAGACCCUGCACGGUCUUCAGGCCUGGCAGAGGACCCGACGUCUCCGUCUGAAGAUGAGGUGUCACCUAGUAGACCUGCAGUCCUUCAACAACAACAACAAAUGAACAUAUUUUUAUCCCAAGAAAACUUGGCCAUUCCCAUGGACUUUGAAUUGCAACAGUCAACUGUGCUAAAUGGUGCCCUGGGCAUCUGGAGUCGCAGGAGUAUUUACAUUGGUGAACGCUUUGGACCAUACGUCGGCGAGCGAACGCCUUCUCUCAGAGACCCCGGUCAAGGCUGGCAGAUCUUGGACGGGUCAGGCCAUGUAAAGUACUGUGUGGAUGCCAGCAAGCCAGAUAUCAGGAGCUGGCUGAAGUACAUCCAGUUUGCCCCCACUGCCAAGCAGCAUAACCUGACAGCCUGCCAGGUAGAUGAUCAGAUCUACUACAAAGUCACUCGAGAUAUUUUCCCUGGUGAGGAGCUUCUACUUUUCAUGAAGGCAGAAGAGUAUUCAUGUGAUACCAUGGCUCCUGAUAUUCAUGAGGAGAGGCAGUACCGCUGUGAAGACUGUGACCAGCACUUCGAGUCCCGCAACCAACUGCUGGACCACCAGAUGCAGCAGUGCGGGAUGCCGCCCUCCUCCUUCCUUGAUCCAGGAGAGAACAGCGACAUUAAUGCCCAGGAACCUCAAGACCUGCGAUCCCUCCACAUGUCUCACGACUUUCAUGAGUGUAAAGAGUGUGAUCAGGUCUUCCCGGAUAUCCAAAGCCUAGAGGCUCACACACUGUCCCACUCUGAGGAGAGAGAAUAUAAGUGUGACCAGUGUCCCAAGGCCUUCAACUGGAAAUCAAACCUGAUCCGACAUCAGAUGUCGCAUGACAGUGGCAAGCACCAUGAAUGUGAAAACUGCUCAAAGGUGUUCACAGACCCCAGUAACCUGCAGAGGCACAUCCGCUCGCAGCAUGUUGGGGCGCGGGCCCACGCCUGCUCUGACUGUGGCAAGACGUUUGCAACGUCUUCGGGCCUAAAGCAGCAUAAGCACAUCCACAGCAGUGUCAAGCCCUUCAUGUGUGAGGUAUGCCAUAAGUCCUACACCCAGUUCUCAAACCUGUGCCGUCACAAACGCAUGCAUGCUGACUGCAGAACACAGAUAAAGUGCAAGGACUGCGGGCAGAUGUUCAGCACCACUUCCUCCCUAAACAAGCACCGGCGCUUCUGUGAAGGGAAGAACCAUUUCACGACAGGAGGAUUGUUUGCUCAAAGUAUGCCGCUCCCCGGUGCGCCUGGUUUGGACAAAUCAGCUUUAGCCAUGGGCCACAGCAGUGGUGGAUUGGCUGAUUACUUUGGGGCUAGCCGCCAUCAUGGUGGGCUUACCUUCCCUGCGGCGCCAGGCUUCCCAUUCAGUUUUCCCGGCCUUUUUCCUUCUGGACUCUACCACCGUCCACCACUCAUUCCUGCCACCUCUUCCCCAGUUAGGCAACCAGCUCACGCUGUGGGUGGUGGGCCUGGUGGAGAGCUAAGUAGGAAUCCUCUGCUGCCUCCUAGCCCUGGGGCUCAUGAGUCCAGAGAGCUUCUUAAGGCGCUUCGGAAGGAAGACAGUGGUCCUGAAAGUCAGAUCAGAGCUUCGGACCUACAUACUCAGAGCUCAUUGUCCUCCAUGAAGCAACGCAACAAGCAAAGUGAUCAAUCUGAAAGCAGUGAUCUGGAUGAUGUCAGCACACCCAGCGGAAGCGAUCUAGAGAGCAUGUCAAGCUCAGAGCUCGAAAGUGAUAUGGACAGUGAGAGAGAUAGGGGGGCUAUGCGAGAAAAUGCCAAAAGCUUCAAAAGGAAGCCUUGUGAUGGAAGCCCCCAAAAUCUCAGCCUGACAAGCAGCAGUGCUGAUAAAAACUUUGCCGGACCGUCGCUAAACCCUUCCUCACUGGAUGAGCGAACAGCUGUUACAGGGGCUGUGAAUGACUCUAUUAAAGCGAUUGCCUCCAUUGCGGAGAAGUAUUUUGGUUCAACAGGCCUGGCUGGCCUGCCGGACAAAAAAGUCAGGUCACUGCCCUAUCCCUCAAUGUUCCCUUUACCUUUCUUCACCACUUUCUCUCCACCAGUUUAUCCUGUUCAAGACAGAGAUGUCAGAUCUCACGGGCUGAAGGGUGAGCUGCAGUUGCUGGCAGAUGAUUGCAAAAAGGCGCAGAGCAAGUCGUCAUCUGAGUCACCGUUUGACCUCACCACCAAGCGAAAGGAGGAUAAGUCUAGCCCGUUUGCGCCCUCCAAACUAGAAGUCUCCCACUUGACUGGUCAGGAUCAGCCUUUGGACCUCAGCCUAGGGAGCAGGGGCCGUGGAUGCAGUGCAAGAGAAGAAGAGAAAAAAAUGAAUGAGUGUCAUCAAGAUGAGAGGGCAGUCAUGGAAACGCCGAAGCCUGACUCAUCGCUACAACAUGCCAGACCGACUCCUUUCUUCAUGGAUCCCAUCUACAGGGUUGAGAAGAGGAGAAUGAGUGAUCCGUUCGAGACGCUGAAAGACAAGUACAUGCGGCCAGCUCCAGGCUUCCUCUUUCAUCCUCAGUUUCGUUUGCCGGAUCAGAGCACUUGGAUGUCAGCUAUUGAGAACAUGGCCGAGAAGUUGGAAACCUUUGGCUCCUUGAAGCCAGACUCGGGUGACCUGCUGCGCUCGGUCCCCUCCAUGUUUGACUUCCGAGCGCCACCAUCAACGCUUCCAGAGACGCUACUACGCAAGGGCAAAGAGCGCUAUACCUGCAGAUAUUGCGGAAAAAUCUUCCCACGUUCUGCCAACCUGACGCGCCACCUUAGGACUCAUACAGGGGAGCAACCUUAUAGGUGUAAAUACUGCGACCGCUCCUUCAGCAUCUCCUCCAACCUGCAGCGCCACAUUCGCAACAUCCACAACAAGGAGAAGCCCUUUAAGUGCCACUUGUGUGAUCGAUGCUUUGGUCAGCAAACCAACCUGGAUCGUCACCUCAAGAAGCACGAGAAUGGUAACCUGUCAGGGACUGCAAUGUCUUCUCCACAGUCGGAACUAGAUGGCAACGGCGCCAUAUUGGACGACAAAGAAGACUCUUACUUCAACGAAAUAAGAAAUUUCAUCGGCAACACAGGACAAAGCCAAACAUCUCCGGACCCCUCUGAAGAAGGUGUCAAUGGCACCCCAUUUCAAGAAGGAAAGACUCUACUGAUGGCCAGGCACGGUUCACGUGACUUGGAAGACGAGGAGGCAGAGGAGCUUGGUGCUGAUGAAGAAGGGGAAGAACCCAGCAAGACCCUGAAUCAACCCCAAGAGGAGAUGCCCGCCAGCAACAUGAGUGAUGACGUAAUACAAGAUGAAAUGGACUUUAGUCGAACAAAUGACUUGCGCCAGAGCUGUAAAAUCUCUCCAAGGAGGUAUAAGGAGGAGGAAGAGCCGAGUGGCUACUCCGCCUUGGAUCAAAUUCGUCACUUUUCAGAGAUCCACAAGCUGGAGGAGAGUGAGUUGAGCGACGGGGAAGCUGAUGAAGAAGACCAAUCGUUUGCCCCCACCUCGCUGACUGAGGCAGUCAAGCAGCCCCUCUUUAGGAAAUCCAAGUCACAGGCAUACGCCAUGAUGCUGUCUCUGGCUGAAAAGGAUUCUCUCCACCCUGCCACCCACACGCCGGCCUCCAUGUGGCACAGUCUGGCUCGGGCUGCCGCUGAAUCCAAUGCCAUCCAGUCCCUCAGCCAUGUAUGAUGACGCCCGCUUUUCACCUUUUACGCCCCCGAAUUGGGAGCCCAUUGCGGCGGCCCUCUUCCUCCAUGUCUUUGGAGUGACUGCAAAGCAGAAUCACUUCCACCCUUCUGACUGCUGAGUGGAGCGCCUUGUACACACACACAGACUCACACAAAAAAAAACAAAAAAAAUAGCAGGGUCCUUGCAGACCCCCAGCCCAGAAAACCUCAACUUCUACAGAAAAAAAUAUCCCUCUGAGCCCUUCAAAUGGAUUUCCUCGCGUGGCAAACACCAGGAUCACACGAUUGUGGUGGAAAUAGUCAAUCUAAAAAGUAAUAAUAGUGGUAUUUAUUCUCUUCAUUUGCACACCAAAGGCAGCUGGUGGACAUGGAAGAUGUGCUGACGUAUCUUUGAUAGACUGCAUUCACUGCCCACUUCACACAAAGCAGGGUGAAUAUUUGGAGUUGCUUGUCUCUGAAGGGCAAAUUUGUUUAACUGUAACAAGAACACUGUCUUUAAUGACAUCAUGUAUAUUCAAACUGUAUUGCAAUUCAAACCCCUGGGGGUCCACGUGUGUUGCUUGUAAAAAUUAAAAUAAAAUGCACUUGAUGUAAUGAAGGGUGGUAGCAACCUUGGUUCAAAUGACUCUAUAUCAUUAAAAAGUUCUAAUUCAAAUAAUGAUGGUAAAGCUAAAUAAAGCCAGUUCCCUAUCUGUAUUCACAGUGUGUCUGCACAAUCAUUGCACUGUACACAAUUGUCUCUGCACCCCAUCCUGCCCGUCUGCGCUAUCUGUGAAAGGUUAUAAAUAGACUGUCAUUUUUAGUGGAUGAAAAGAAAAACAUGUUUUUACUGAGAUACGUAGCCAGUGCUGAAGUUAAAUGUUGUUCUGUAAAGGGCAUUUGUCUUUUUUUUUCUGCACCAUUGAAUCCAUCCUAGUCAGCCAACAAUACCACUAAAUAGCCUGAAUGCUAGUCGGUAACUACUUCAUUCUUGUGUCAUUCAUUUUAGACAAUCAUGAUUUUGUUUUAUUUUUUAUUUUGAUUUUUUUGGGGGAUAUUGUUGGUGUUGUUGGUGUUGUUGUUUGCUGUUGUAUGUUGAUAAUUGUAUUUAUUUCUUGGCAAACUGUAGUUUGUUUACUGAAUAGCACUGGUCCAAGCCCAGGUGAUGGCAGACUUUACUGGGGUUUGUAGAUUCCAUGUGAGUGCCGGAUAGUAUUAAACAUACAACUCACUCCUUAUUAUUUUAUUGGAACUGGUUGAUGAAUAGAUAUUAGUUUUUUUUAAAUGACAAUUUAAUGAUUCAAUUCUAUAAAAAAAAUAAUACAUACAAUUUAAAAAAGAAAACCGUAUAUAGGAUGAAAUCAUGAAAAGAUAACACAACCCAGGUAUCAUUUGCUCAUAAGCGCAUGGUUGGUCUGCUAAGAUUUGUGUUGAAAUUUUCUACGGUUGUCUGCAAGCUUGUGUGACGUUCAGUUCAUGUUAAACCUUUGUGCCAAACUUAAAAAAAAUAUAUAAAAUAAAACAGACUGCUCUUAUGUAUUCUCCCGUUUUGAGGGAAAUUUUUUUUUUUUUUUUUUUUUGUCCUUGUUUAUAAUCAAUUUUAAAAAUUAAUCAGCAAGUUGAGGUACUUUUAUUUUAAUGCUUUUUACAAUGUAACUGUUAUGCAUUUCAAUUCAAAUAAUGUGGGAGGAACAACUCAAUAAAGGACUACAAUGUGGAUUGACAUUA